CAAUGUUGCCAAGGUACUGAGCUCAAACAAUUUGUGAGGGCUGAUGUUUUGCCUCAAAAUUCUAGCUUUAUAUCUUCAUUUUGGUUUAGCUUAUCUUUUGGAAAAAGGUUCUCCUGAUUAAAUAGUGAACAGGCUAUUUAUGAGUGUGGCUCACUGACUUUAAAUCCACCGACAAUGCCAGUUUACGUGAGGAAAAACUUGAUGUCCAUUACGCCGGACACGCUGAGCAAUCUGUCCAGCGACGACGAUGACUACGCCACAGAUCCGGACCAAAUGUUCGACAAGUUACCGCAGCCUUUCAGAUUGGUAGACAAGAUUGUAAACCGGAUUUUCGACGUAGCUUGGGAGCAAAUAAGUGCAAGAGAGGCUGCUGCUGAAGAACUGCGAAAUCGAGAACCUGUCCCUGAAUAUGAACACACUGCAAUUGCUCAGGAGAAUGAGGACAUUUUGUGCAUGGCUGGUAGCCCGGAUGGGAGUGCUGUAUUUUUAGGACUCAACAAAGGCCUUCUCGCACUUCAUGCUACACUACACAAUCCCAUUGCAUCAUGGGAAGAAGAGGGUGCUGCACUCACUACCAUAAAGAGCACACAGAUUGGGGUUCAGAUGUGCUUGGUUGCUACACUCGAUGCCAAUGAUGUUUGCCGGUUAUUCUGUUUCAGUGGAUCAGCUCUGCUAUUAUUGAAAACCUUUGAUUCAGAAAUACCAUCCAAUGCCCAUGUCGUUGCCAUGCAUCUUUCCAGGGAUGGUGAUUAUAUUGCUCUUACAUUGGAAAAGGGAGAUAAAGAUGACAACACAGAAUCCUGGAUAGAUGUCUUUAAGCUUCCUAGAGACAACUGGGUGAGAGAUGUGGAGGCUGCCAUAGCCAAGCAGCAGCAACAACAGCCAGGUCACACUAAGAGCACAGAAGAUCUUUCUAAUGCACAGGAGGGUACCGGGGAUGGUUCGCAGAGUGAUGCCAUUGAAUACAGCCACCCCAUGGAAGGGCUCUCAAUGCCUUCAAAUAGACCCAAGUCUGUGACCUCACAGGACACACCACGAACCGUGACACCCACAGCAGCAGUGACGGUGCCCCAAACGGGUGCCUCUACCACAGCACCAGAAUGGAACCCUGCAUCCCUCUCUAAACCAACCACUUUACUUAGAGUGAAACCACUCCCAGACCAACUAUCAGCUGCGAGUAGCGUUCCUCACCCAGGUCAACCCACCCCAGCAUCAGAGGAGUGGUGUUCAACUGUUGGUCAGGGUAGCAGGCAUCUCAUACAAUCAGAGCAUCUUAACACAAGAAGACUGGCUGCCGAUCAAGUCUUAGGGCCUUACACAGACCCAAAGUACCACAUAUCAGAAAAGAAGCCUUGCAGAGCAAAGUGUCUGUUUGUGAAACCUGGUUUGAUGCUAGCCUCUGCCAAUGCAGCUCCCAUUAACCAAGACCAGGCCCAUAUCUUCAUAGCUAGUUGGUCUAACUCUACAAAUAUCUGCCUGUAUAACCUACUUAAGACUGCCAAAGAUUUAGAGCACAAGCCAGAUCAGGUUUGGCCAAACGCUGGUAAGACCACAUCAAUGACUACCACACCAUGUACAUCACUCAUUGCUCUCGGACUGGAAGAUGGAUCCAUUGCUCUUUGGGAUAAACAUCUGAGUAUUCCUCUAAUGGCCAGCAAGGUCUUCUCACGCCCCAUCUGCCAUCUGCACAUCCUUCCCCCGCCCCCAACCAAAGGCAUCACUUCCCCUGGUGACAGACUGGAAGCCCUCAAAGCCAAGCCCGAGAUUGCUGUCCUGGUCGGCGAUAGCAAUGGUGACUUAGCGACAGUAUGUUGUUGUUAUGGUGAUAAGCCGACUGUGAAGCCGGUGUAUCGUGGGACAUGGAGGGACAGAAGAGACGGGGCUUGCCAUGUGGCACCUGUCGUUACGUUGCGAGACACGACAUUAUUGGUGACCAAGUUUGGUGAUAUAUACCUCUGCAAUGUCUUUACUGGCAAGAAGCUCUGUCUUGUGAAACUCCCAGAAUCAACUAUUCUCAAAUGUGACAAUGAGAAGCCAGUCAUUUCCUUGGCUGCUGCAGGCCAAAUGCUGUUUGUGAGAGGAGAGAAAGCAAGAGGGAAGAACAAUGCCGCGGAUGGAGCAGAAGCUGAAAAUGAUUUAACCUUUGACCCCAAGCCCACUGUCUAUGCAUAUGGAAUGCACUCCUUUGCUUGCCUGACAAACUUAUGGAGAACAUUGGAUGAUGUAGACACCAAGGCUCCCACUCUCCUUCACACCACACAGGCCAAAGGCAGAUUUGAUAUUCUCUUCUCAAACAGGCUGAAUGAACAGCAGAGCCGUCAGGUACGGAUGCAGGAUCGAUGGAACGCCCUCAAGCAGAAGGCAGCCAAUAGGACUAGGUAGAGUUGGCACAAACAAUCAUAGCUGUUGACAAGAGAUGAGCUGUUGCCAAUUUGAUGUGCAUCCGAAUAACCUUGUUGGCCACUGAUCAGAAAACAAUGAUGUACAUUCAAGCCAAACAUGGUACUUCAGGAUUCAAUAUAAUCAUGCUGGACCAGUUUGAGAAGGCCUGAACAAUGAUACAAUUAAUUGGGACCAGAGAUUGGAGUGUUGCCAAUUUGAUGUGAUGGUGAAUAGUCCCGACAGUCAAAAGAAACUGACAUUACUGUAUUUCAAAUAAGGAGCGUGUGAACUUGAUAACUUGGUAUUUGAUUACUUGAAGCUCCAUCUUCUCAUCACAAGAGAGAACUAGAUAUUUAUAUAAUUCCAUCGACUUCCAAGUUUUCUCAUUUCCAGAAGUCUUAUACAUGGACUAGUAGGAGGUCUUAGCUGUGUAACUGGGUAACUCCUGAUUAGUAAAUUCAGACAAACAUAAUGUCACUUAUGUAAGGUUGUUAUGCCUACCCCUCCCCCCUCCCUUGAGACUGUAGAACUUAAUAUUUGACGUUAUUCAAUGAAUUGAUACUAUGCCUUUAACUGGUCUCCUUAUGUUGAUAUCAUUUAUUUGGAGGAAUAGAUGAAUAUUGACUGUUUCUUCAUAUGUCUUAAAAAAUUGAAAUGAAAUGGGAGGUAUCUCUUACUUUGGAACUGAAAGUCAUUUCCCAGUUAAAGUGAAGUUCAUGUCAAUUGGACCAAACCUUACCAUAUUACUUUUUGAGUGAAAGAUUGAGCCCCCCCCCACACACACACACAGCAUGGUAUGGUAGUUAACUUACUGCGCAGACCAUCUGCAGACCCUUCACUCAUGGAAAGUGGUCUGAAUAUGCAGCUUAUUGUCCCUGCAAUUGACUGGUGUACAGUAGAUCCCUCCCAUUCCUGAAAAUGAAACGGCAAGUUUUAUUAGUGCUAGUCUUGUGUGAAGACCAAGUUAUUGGUCACAUUUUCUAUCAGGGCCUGAGUCUACAGACUAAGAAAUGCAACCAUAGGUAUUGGGGCCUAUAUAUUGGAUAAACUGAAAGUAGUUAAAGGGAGUGGGAAGAGUCAUAUUAAGAAAUGUACAUCACCCAAAUUGCUUCUGAAAAAAGAUAUCCUGAGUGGAAAUUAAUUUUCCUAUGUAUAUACAUGUAUAUAGUUGCAUAGAUUAUAUUAUAAUUUUAAAGAUAUAAAUGUAUCUGUAUAAUUAUUCUGUACAAACAUUUCUACAAAAAGGCUGUGAAUUAUAAGAAGGCUAUGUAUAUUUGUGUACAACAAAAUGAAUAAAAAUGGAUUUUGAUGAAAUGCA